GGCUUGCUCUCGGGGUGCUGGGCUUGAAAGAGGACAGCGAGAACUUGUUACUGCGGGAGCUGCCGCCACUGUGCCAGCACUGCACCUGGCACCCACUCGGGCGAGGGGCGGCCGUGUGGCAGCGUGGGGCAGGGCGGCAGCCGGGCUUGGGGUCACGCCGGCCCUGGGGUGACGGGAGGGGCAGAAAGGCCAACUGCGGGGCUCCCGCCCGCCCGAGGGACAGUGAAGUCAACACGCUGAAGUUUCUCCUGGCCGAGCUGGGGGGGGGGAGAGAACUUGUGGGUUCGUCUGGGCUGGCUGGGAAGGUGACAGCUGCCACCGUGGCCCUCCCCCAGGCCUAGUCAGCUGAGAGCGGACACAGGGACCUGCUGCCGCGCCGUCCAUGGGCUCUCCAGGCCACGCCGCCCACAAGUAGGGAGCAGCGACCCCGCGCCUGCAUGCCCAUCCUAAGCUCCUCAGGAUCAAAAAUGGCAGCCUGCGGCGGCACCUGCAAGAACAAGGUGACCGUCUCCAAGCCCGUGUGGGACUUCCUGAGCAAGGAGACGCCCGCGAGGCUGGCCCGGCUGCGGGAGGAGCACCGCGUGGCCAUCCUCAUCGACGGCGAGACCUCUGACAUCUACGUCCUGCAGCUGUCCCCCCAGGGCCCGCCCCCGGCCGCCCCCAACGGGCUCUACCUGGCCCGGAAGGCCCUCAAGGGGCUGCUGAAAGAGGCGGAGAAAGAGCUGAAGAAAGCUCAGAGGCAGGGGGAGCUCCUGGGCUGCCUGGCCCUGGGGGGCGGCACGGAGCACCCCGAGCUGCACCGCCCAGGCCCGCCCCCGCUCCGCGCGGCGCCGCUCCUGCCCCCCGGGGCUCGGGGGCUCCCCCCUCCUCCGCCCCCCUUGCCGCCGCCCCUGCCUCCCCGGCUGCGGGAGGAGGCCGAAGAGCAGGAGAGCACCUGCCCCAUCUGCCUGGGGGAGAUCCAGAACGCCAAGACGCUGGAGAAGUGCCGGCACUCCUUCUGUGAGGGCUGCAUCACCCGCGCGCUGCAGGUCAAGAAGGCCUGCCCCAUGUGCGGCCGCUUCUACGGGCAGCUGGUGGGCAACCAGCCCCAGAACGGGCGGAUGCUGGUCUCCAAGGACGCCACGCUGCUGCUGCCCAGCUAUGAGAAGUACGGCACCAUCGUCAUCCAGUACGUCUUCCCGCCCGGCGUCCAGGGGGCCGAGCAUCCCAACCCAGGAGUGCGGUACCCGGGCACCACGCGGGUGGCCUACCUCCCGGACUGCCCCGAGGGCAACAAGGUGCUGACCCUGUUCCGCAAGGCGUUUGACCAGCGCCUUACCUUCACCAUCGGCACGUCCAUGACCACGGGGAGACCCAACGUCAUCACCUGGAACGACAUCCACCACAAGACCAGCUGCACAGGGGGACCCCAGCUGUUUGGGUACCCGGACCCCACCUACCUGACCCGGGUGCAGGAGGAGCUGAGAGCCAAGGGUAUCACGGAUGACUGAAGGCCGCGCCCUCGCGAGGCCUGCAGACCCCCUCCGCUAGGACGCCACAGAGACCUGUCCUCGCCUGCCCUCUGCCCCGUAGGGGACAGGCCGACUGGAGUUCAGAGGGGAGGGGACAGUCCCUUCCGUCCCCCCUGGCCUGCUUCAGUGCAGCUGAGCCCCUCCCUCUGGGGAGGCGCCCCCAGGCUCAGCGCCCUCCUCCCCGCCCCCCACGCCCUUGGCUUUUUCUGGUAUGUGCUGUGCUCCAGUGACUAAGCUGAGGAGGGACCUGGGUCCGGGGGAGGGUCUCGACACCCCACCCCGCACGCCGAACUUGGGGUGCAGGGGAGGGGGAGCGGCUGCGAGCCCCCUCAGCCCACGGAGCAGCUGUGUUCUGAAACAAUUCCCCUUCCACCGGACCUCGUCCUUCCUCUCCGUGUCCGUCUCCGUCAGUCUCUGUCUCCCGCUCUCCUCUGCCCCCUGUAAGGAGCCUCCUUACCCUGUUCUGGAAGCGCUGCCAGACUGUAGCUUUUAAUUUAAUAAAAAUAAAGUAAAAUAUGCAACUC